UUAAUGGUAAAUUAUGUGAGACUGGUAAUAAGAUGUGUUGUACGGGGGCUGUCCAGGAAUGACCCUGUUUGUUGUUACUUGGCAGCCCGUCCCUCGCAUCGUGGCGUCUGGUGGGGACGACAUUCGAGUCAAGGCGGACACGACUGCAGUUCUACGGCCCCCAGCCAAAGACAGACGGGCAGAGUUCCCAGAAGUCCCUCCUCUUCCUGUGCAUGACCCGCAUGACAUCACCCCCCUCAGCCCCCUCAGCCAGUCGUCGAGCGGCUACUUCUCCAGUAGUGUUUCUACGGUUACCCUGUCCGACGUCCUGCAGCCCUCUUCCUCGUCUUCCUCCCUCCUGGCUGCAGAGGCUGCGUUACCCACAAUCCCCCCGCAGCAGGGUGCUGACAGGAGCGCUGUUGUAACCUCUCCUCCCCAGUGUGGCACCAUGACCGCCGUCGCUCCACCCACCUCGCACGCCUCGGCCAAUCACAACAACGGCACUGCGGAAAACUCCGUCUCUGAACACAAGCUGGUCAACUCCGAAGGAGGAGGAGGCUUUGAGAGGCUGGAGAUCUUCAUGGACGAUGACGAGCACGGCCAUGAUGACGUGCUGCCUGAUUGGCUGACAGAAGGGGCGUAUGUUACAGUAGGGAGCAAUAAGGCCGGGACGGUGCGUUACGUGGGACUGACGCAGUUUGCUGGAGGCGUGUGGGUGGGGGUGGAGCUGGACACCCCUGUAGGUAAAAAUGACGGUUCGGUCGGAGGUCAUCGGUACUUCCACUGCAAACCGGGCUACGGGGUUCUCGUUCGCCCGGACCGGCUGUCCCGCCGCGAUCGGACCAGCCGCCGCACGGGAGACUCCACUGCUCCCGCCCAUGUCCCCGUGUUGCGAGGAGAAGCCAUUGUCGCCCGCCAUGCGGAGAACCGCAAGUCCUGGAGCAGUUGAGGCAGAGGAGAGUAUGAGCCGGGUGGGAGAGGUGAACUCCCCCACAGACCCCCGCCUCCCCCUCCCUCCCAGCUUUACAACGGGCUCAAACAUCUAAAACACUGCCUACCCUCCUGUUGUUUAACAAUAUGCUCACUACAUCCGUUCACGCGUAGCGUAUGUAGAAUAGAGACGAUGCCGAGGCCGCUCAGGACGAAUGCAAGCAAGUGGAUGAAAGACUAUGCAGAGUACUCACAAGUGGAAGGACUGUUUUAUCAAGAUGAUGCUUAAUGGCUGGCGGUCGAUGGGAAGGCUGCUGGGGGGGAAUGGAAGUCAGUGCACACUUUGUCGGACUGAGCGGGUCAGAGCGCUGCGGCGUCGUUCCCCUCAGACGUGCAUUCUGAGCUGAUACACGAGAUGCAAACGGGUCACUUUUUGAUCCCAGCUCACUUCUGAAGUUGUAUAUUUAAACGUGAAGUGCAGACAAAACACUUGUAGUGAUUCCACUCGGAGGCCGGCGAUUAUUAUCAAUGGCUAAUUUUGACCACAUGCAUCCACCAUUCACAAUAAGUUAUUAGUAGUCGGACAUUUUAUUGAAACCUCUCGCGUCUCACUAUCAUGUGCUUUUGUGAAUGAGGAAACAAAAAUGUUCAAUUUAGAGUUUUUUUUUU